AUGGGCAGCGAAGGCCAGACGAUCGAAUUUUUUUCCCGGUCAAAGGCUUACAAGGACAAACUGGGUGCUGUGAAUAUGACUUACUACAUUCUUAUGAAUGUAGAAUACGCCGGACGAGGACAUUGUAAUGUAGCGGGUUUGUGGGUUAAUCAUGCCCUUAGGGUUCUCGGGUGUUUGAAAUCGAGGGGACACACUUCUCUCCUCAUAGAGCCUCCACAUGAUGAAGAAUGUGUCUUUAGUGUUGAAUCUCUAGUUGAGAAUGCACAACUUUUAGGUGGAGGAAAGCCUAUACACAAAGAUGUGCUAACUCCUGAGGAUCUAUGCCAAGAUUACUGCGGUCCUAGAAGAUUUAUUAACGAGGAGGAGGAUUAUAACAAUCACUCCACAGAGAUGAUAGAUUUCUCCGAGCGUGCCAAACACGUCAAAGGGAAAAGGACAGUGGUCUUCUGGGACGCUCUGGAUUGCCCAUUCCCUCUUUGUUUCUCCUCCUCUCCUGAUGUUAUCUUUAAAAAAAUCUCAAAAGCUCUUUUCAAAAGGGGGUUUAGCCGUAAGAUUUCAAUAUGGGCUUAUGUUGAGAAAGAUUCUGAGCUUCUGGUGUGUAAAAAGACGUGGGCUCCCAAAAUCUACUUUCUUCCCGGAGAGAAUAAUGCCUCCUCGAGACGUAUCAGAAUGUUAAAUGACAUGCUUUUAUUGUCAAGGGACUCUCCUCCGCGCUAUCGUGAUGAAGCAAGUUUGAUCCUAGUCUCUGGUCAAUUAAAAGGUGACCGCCCUUACAUCACCGUGUUUAGACUUAUGGAGUCAAGACAUUACUAUCUUGUCCUGGUAACUCCGAGUAAGCAACCAGAAGAUCCUAAUGUGUGGCCAGGGUUGCUGAUGGAUGAAGCAUACCAUUUGCUAACCUGA